UGGACGCAGUUAAGGGAGCUUAGUAAGCCCUCGGGUAACCACUGUGGUUUCUCCUUUCUCACUUUGUCCCGUCCUCAGCUGUAGGUGCCUCCUUCCCCUGACGGCUACACAGAGAAACAAAUUGGAAUUGAGACUUCAGGCCCCAGCUAAAUCGUCCGCCGUUGGAAGAGACAUGGCUGUGCCCCUGGGUAGUGCGAUGCAGACCUUGAAUCAGGGCUCCGUGUUGGAAGAGUAUGACACUGACCGUGAAGUCUUCCGCCAGCGCUUCAGACAGUUCCAGUAUGAAGAAGCAGCUGGGCCACGUGAUGCUUUCAAGAAACUCUCGGAACUUUGCCGUCAGUGGCUGAAGCCAAAUUUAGGUUGUCUGGAAGAAAUCUUGGAAGUGCUAGUGUUGGAGCAACUCAUGCAGAUUCUGCCCAUAGAGAUACAGAACUGCACCAGGCAGUUUAGCAUGAAAAAUAGAGAAGCUCUUUUUUCACUGAUAGAAUUCUUACAGACAAAAACUGACGUAUCAGAGCAGCAGGUGGAUAGGCAGGAAGUGCUCUUGGAAGCACUGGCACCGGUGGGAACGGCGCACAUACCACCAGACAUCCACCUGGAGUCACCCCCAGUCCAAGUGAUGGGACCUGCCCCGGAGGCCCCAGUGGCAGAGGCGUGCAUCCCACAGGGAGGGCCGCAGGAGCUGAGCUAUGGUGCUGCUGGGGAAUGCCAGCCCUUUCUGGACCCAGGAUGCUCAUGGCCAAUCCGGGACCUGAGGCUCCCCAAAGGGCAUCAAGAAGAGCCGUGGGAGAAGGAAUUCCACGACCCCAAGGAAGGGAUGGCAGGACUCCACGGCUCUGUGAUAGGUAGGUGCAGGCUCACUGAAGCUUGGGAGGAAGGAAAAGGGCAACUGAGCCCCCGUCCCAGGAGAAAUAUGUCCAGGCAGAAAAAACUGGAAACUGUGUAUCCAUUUUCUGUUUCUUUAGAUGGAAAUGGGCCCAAUUCACCCAAACACUCAGAAGAGCUGAAAAGUCCGUUGGGAACUCCCGCAGAGCAGCUGCCGUGGGAUGGCCCAGUGCCUGUCCAUGACGAGAGCCCGUCUCUAGGAGAGGCAGCUGAGAGCUCCAGCAGGGAAGGGCCCCUCAGCCCCAGACCCCAGAAGCAGGAAAGUCCCGGAGACCUCAUAAGGCAUCAUCCGGGUCACACAGAGGAGAUGCCUUUUGAAUGCGCUGUGUGUAAGAGGCGAUUCAGGCAACGGUCAUCCCUUGUAUUGCACCUUAAAACUUAUUCUGGACAAGAAACAUACCAAUGUCAUGAGUGUAGCAUGAUUUUCUGUAGUAGAGUAAGUUUUAUAAGACACCUGAGAAUCCACACAGAUGGAAAACCCCAUAUAUGUCAAAGUUGUGGGAAAUGUUUUCGUCGACGCCGAGAUCUUACUGUACACCAGGUAACGCACACUGAUGAGAGACCAUUCCUGUGCGAGUAUUGUGGGAAAAUGUAUAGGCAGAAAUCAAGCCUUAGUUUUCAUUUGAAAAAACCACACAGGGUAGAAGCCAUAGAAGUGUAUCCAUGGCUGUAG